AUCAAGUAGGGAAUAGUCUGUCUUUUGGGACGUUGACCCCGACACUGGUUGUAAAGUGGGAGGGACUCCAGGGACCCGUUACUUCACGCGUUUUAAUUGAACCGUGAGAAGUGAGAACAUCUGUACCUGCGAGCCGAGUAUCUCCACAGGUGGUUUGUAUUUUCUCAUCCUGGUCUCCACCUCAACUCGCCAUUAUUUUAACAGUAUAGUCUUCAUAAUAACACUAUUUGCCAGCCGAGCCAUGUCGAAGACCGCUGACCACCGAACACACCUCGUUCUUGAGAACUACAUCGGAGGAAAGUUCGUCCCGUGCUCCCGACACAUCGACUCCUACGACCCUUCCACCGGGGAGGUCUACUGCAAAGUGCCCGACAGCGGAACGGAUGAGGUGGAGGCUGCGGUGCAGGCCGCUAGAGAGGCAUUCCCUGAUUGGUCAGCCCGUAGCCCAGCUGAGAGAGGUCAGGUGAUGAAUAAACUGGCUGACCUGAUGGAAGCUCAGCUGGAAGAGUUGGCCCAGGCAGAGUCACGAGACCAAGGUAAAACCGUAAUGUUCGCCCGUACGGUGGAUGUCCCGCGGGCGGUCGAUAACUUCAGGUUCUUUGCCUCUUCUGUUCUCCACCACACCACCGACUGUACUACCAUGGACCAUCUGGGCUGUGUCAACUACACUGUCCGUAGUCCUGUGGGAGUGGCUGGUCUGAUCAGUCCCUGGAACCUGCCUCUAUACCUGCUCACCUGGAAGAUCGCUCCGGCUGUUGCUACGGGCAACACGGUGGUUGCUAAGCCCAGCGAGAUGACCUCGGUAACCGCCUGGAUGAUGUGCAAACUACUGGAGGAGGCCGGGUUUCCUCCGGGCGUGGUCAACAUGGUGUUCGGCACCGGCCCGCGGGCGGGCGAUGCUCUCGUGGGCCACCCUGACGUCCCAUUGGUCAGUUUCACGGGCUCCACGGCGACGGCCCAGCGGAUCACAGAGCGCUCGGCUCCGUUCUGUAAGAAGCUGAGCCUGGAGCUGGGCGGGAAGAACCCCGCCAUCGUCUUCUCAGACGCUGACCUAGACCAAGCUGUCACCACCACCGUACGAUCCUCCUUCUCCAAUCAGGGUGAGAUCUGUCUGUGCACCAGUAGGAUCUACGUAGAGAGGAGUAUUUACCCAGAGUUCCUGAAGAGGUUUGUGGCGGCCGCGCGGGAAUGGAAGACUGGUGCGCCCUCCGACCCCGACAACAAUAACGGAGCUCUGGUCAGCAGGGAACACCUGGAGAAGGUGCGUAGCUUCGUGACCCUGGCUCGGUCGGAGGGCGCCGCGGUGCUGUGUGGGGAGGGCGAGGACCCGCUGGUGCUCCCCCAACGUAACACCAGCGGCUACUUCAUGCGUCCCACCGUCAUCGCCGACGUAGCUGAGUCGUCCCGUGUGAUGCAGGACGAGAUCUUCGGCCCCGUCGUCUGCGUCAACCCCUUCGACGGCGAAGACGAUGCCGUCGCUAAGGGCAACGGGGUACGCUAUGGCCUGGCGGCGACUGUGUGGACGCGUGACGUCGGACGAGUGCACCGGGUGGCGAGGAGGUUAGAGGCGGGGCUCGUCUGGACCAACUGUUGGCUGGUCAGAGACCUGAACCUACCGUUCGGAGGCAUGAAGAACUCAGGGGUGGGGAGGGAAGGAGGGAGGGAUAGCUAUCACUUCUUUACGGAGGUGAAGACCAUCACUGUUAAACACUGAGAGGAUGGAGGGAAAAAAUGUUUCUGUUGGUGUGUGUGUGGUCUUAACCCUAACCCUUUACUCAUGAUCCCCAAAUUAACAUUUGCCACGUCCCCACGAGAACAAUGGCUAUUUUACACUUAGGGGUUAGGUUUAGGCUUAGAGUUUCAAUUAGGGUUAGGCAUUAGGGUUAGGGGUUAGGUUUAGAGGUUAGAGGUUAGGGGUUAGGGGUUAGGUUUAGGCUUAGAGUUACAAUUAGGGUUAGGCAUUAGGGUUAGGGGUUAGGGGUUAGGAUUAGGGGUUAGGUGUUAGGGUUAGGGGUUAGGUUUAGGCUUAGAGUUACAAUUAGGGUUAGGCAUUAGGGUUAGGGGUUAGGUUUAGAGGUUAGAGGUUAGGGGUUAGGUUUAGGCUUAGAGUUACAAUUAGGGUUAGGCAUUAGGGUUAGGGGUUAGGUUAAGGCUUAGAGUUACAAUUAGGGUUAGGCAUUAGGGUUAGGAGUUAGGAUUAGGAGUUAAGGUUAGGAGUUAGGGUUAGGCGUUGGGGUUAGGAUUAGGGUUUAGGGGUUAGGAGUUAGGAUUAGGGGUUAGGAGUUAGGGGUUAGGAGUUAGGAUUAGGGGUUAGGAGUUAGGGUUAGGAGUUAGGGUUAGGGGUUAGGGUUUAGAGGUUAGGGUUUAGAGGUUAGGGUUUAGAGGUUAGGGUUAGAGGUUAGGGGUUAGAGGUUAGAGAUUAGGGUUAGAGGUUAGGGGUUAGAGGUUAGGGUUAGAGGUUAGGGUUAGAGGUUAGGGUUAGAGGUUAGGGUUAGAGGUUAGGGUUAGGGUUAGAGGUUUAGGGUUAGAGGUUAGGGUUAGAGGGUUAGGGUUAGAGAUUAGGGUUAGAGUUAGAGGUUAGAGGGUUAGAGGUUAGAGAUUAGGGUUAGAGUUAGAGAUUAGGGUCAGAGGUUAGAGGUUAGAGGUUUAGGGUUAGAGGUUUAGGUUAGAGGUUAGGGUUAGAGUUAGGGUUAGAGGUUAGGGUUAGAGGUUUAGGUUAGAGGUUAGGGUUAGAGUUAGGGUUAGAGGUUAGGGUUAGGGUUAGGGUUAGAGGUUAGGGUUAGAGUUAGGUUUAGAGGUCGGGGUUAGAGGUUAGGUUUAGAGGUUAGAGGUUUAUAGGGUUAGAGUUAGGGUUAGAGGUUAGGGUUAGAGGUUAGGUUUAGGGGUUAGAGGUUAGAGGGUAGGGGGUUAGAGGUUAGGGUUAGAGGUUAGAGGUUAGGGUUAGAGGUUAGGGUUAGAGGUUAGGGUUAGAGGUUAGGGUUAGAGGUUAGAGGUUAGGGUUAGAGGUUAGGGUUAGAGGUUAGGGUUAGAGGUUAGGGUUAGAGGUUAGGGUUAGGGUUAGAGGUUAGAGGUUAGGGUUAGAGGUUAGGGUUAGAGGUUAGGGUUAGGUGUCUCGCUCAAAUGACUGUUUUGUUUUAUGACAUGAAUUGUUUAUGAUUAUUUUCCUCACACAUCCCCUUCGAGGCAAUAAAGCUUUUCUGUCUGGAUGACUUUCAUCUUGCAAUCACACCUGCACUUGUUUUUUCUUUCUGGUUCUGCGGAAGAGGGAGACAGGUAUGUAGAAGGAGACAGGUAGGUAGAAGGAGACAGGUAUUUAGAGGGAGACAGGUAGGUAGAGGGAGACAGGUAGGGAGAGGGAGACAGGUAGGGAGAGGGAGACAGGUAGGUAGAGGGAGACAGGUAUGUAGAGGGAGACAGAUAUGUAGAGGGAGACAGGUAUGUAGAGGGAGACAGGUAUGUAGAGGGAGACAGGUAGGUAGAGGGAGACAGGUAGGUAGAGGGAGACAGGUAGGUAGAGGGAGACAGGUAGGUAGAGGGAGACAGAGAUUAAUGGAGACAGGUAGGUAAAGGGAGACAGGUAGGUAGAGGGAGACAGGUAGGUAGAGGGAGACAGGUAGGUAGAAGGAGAGAGGUAGGUAGAGGGAGACAGGUAGGUAGAGGGAGACAGGUAGGUAGAGGGAGACAGGUAGGUAGAGGGAGACAGGUAUGUAGAGGGAGACAGGUAGGUAGAGGGAGACAGGUAGGUAGAGGGAGACAGGUAGGUAGAGGGAGACAGGUAGGUAGAGGGAGACAGGUAUGUAGAGGGUUAGAUGUUAGAGGGUUAGAGGUUAGAGGUUAGGGUUAGAGGUUAGAGGUUAGGGUUAGAGGUUAGAGGUUAGGGUUAGAGGUUAGGGUUAGAGGAUAGGGUUAGAGGUUAGGGUUAGGGUUAGAGGUUAGAGGUUAGGGUUAGAGAUUAGGGUUAGAGGUUAGGGUUAGAGGUUAGGGUUAGAGUUAGGUUUAGAGGUCGGGGUUAGAGGUUAGGUUUAGAGGUUAGAGGUUAGGUUUAGAGGUUAGAGGUUUAUAGGGUUAGGGUUAGAGGUUAGGGUUAGAGGUUAGAGGUUAGAGGUUAGGGUUAGAGGUUAGGGUUAGAGGUUAGAGGUUAGGGUUAGAGGUUAGGGUUAGAGGUUAGGGUUAGAGGUUAGGGUUAGAGGUUAGAGGUUAGGGUUAGAGGUUAGAGGUUAGGGUUAGAGGUUAGGGUUAGAGGUUAGGGUUAGAGGUUAGGGUUAGGUGUCUCGCUCAAAUGACUGUUUUGUUUUAUGACAUGAAUUGUUUAUGAUUAUUUUCCUCACACAUCCCCUUCGAGGCAAUAAAGCUUUUCUGUCUGGAUGACUUUCAUCUUGCAAUCACA